UCAGCAGAAGCAUUCACCAACUUUUUUCAUUUAGGUUUGUUAGGUACCGCUUAUGCAGUCAACAUCAGUGAUGAUCUCAGGCCGGUAUUUGUCACAGCAUUUUCUCAGUCACAUUUUAUGGAGGGCAAAAGACUGAUCGCAAGUAUCAGGAAAUUCCAUAAAACGGCCAUUGUCAUUGUGUAUGAUCUCGGUCUCUCCCUGAAAGGUGCUGUACGAGUGAAGCGAUGGUGUCAAGUGGUAUAUAGGCGAUUUCGUUUCGAAGACUAUCCUCCUUACUUCGAGCAGUUACACACAUUCCGAUGGAAACCAGUUGUAAUAGCGGAAGCACUCAGGGACUAUGGAGCUAUAUGGUACAUGGAUACCUCUAUAAUUCUUGAAAAGGGUGACCUUCGACACGUGCAGGCAUUAGUAACAUGUUAUGGUACUCAUGAAGUACUAUUUUGCAGUUUCCCGAUCUUGACCACUGAGCAACGUGAUAUACGGGAAUCUCACUGGAAUAGCUCUUCCGGAUGGGAUACCGUUCAGUGGACAGCGAAUAUAAAUGAAUGCAAAAAAUCGACUUAUUUGCUGCACAGCUUCACUGGCCAUGGAAUUUACGCUGCUACUGAUCCCGCGCUAUACUCAUAUUUCCCUGUAUCAAUUGAAGAACUGAAAAAGCCUAAAGCAAAAAUGUACGAGGCAGGAUUGGUGUUUGCUGUUAGAACACGUGAGACGGAGAAUAUUCUGAAAUGGAGUGUGCUCUGUGCACUGGAAGAGGAUUGCAUGGGUACGCGAAUUGUUCCUAAUGCAUGCGAAUUCAAUAGGAGUGACUACUAUACCUCAUUUGCUCGCUGUCACAGGUACGACCAGUCGGUGGUUAAUGUUUUGUUAGCCGACUCUUAUUAUUACGAUAGACACUACUAUUCGAGCGAAAUCACAGAUUUCUUCCGUAUUCAACGAUUCCUAACGCGUUCAGUGGGAAAUCGUGAACUGAAAUGUGUAUAG